AUGCGGAAAAGAUGGUGCUUGUGUAACGCAACGGACUUUAAAUCUUUAAUGUAUCCCAAUUUUAUCUGUAGUCGCAUUCUUGGACUAUUUCCGUACAAGUUCAACGCUUUAACUUUCGAGGUUUCGAAACUGUACUAUAUCCUGUCAACCGUCGUUAUCUGCGUAUGUUGUAUUAUGAACUUUGCAAUCAUUUACAGUGUUAUUAAAUCAAAACUUGAUUUUGGAGAUGUAGUUUGGAAUAUUCACGCAGUUAUGUACUAUAUUCUCACCAGUUUUACCGUGAUAAUCACGCAUUUACUGAGUGGUCCAAGAAUGCGUUUGCUACAGACAAUAUUGAAGAUCUCUUCGAAAUUACCCUCGAAAUCGUACCAAAACCUGUCCAAAUUGAUUCAUGUUAAGGAUAUAUUGGGUACUAUCAUCAGAGUUGUACAAUUCGGUAAUCAUUUAAUUAAAGAACUGGAAUUUGAAAACAAUCUUUUCGCUAUUCUGAUUGGGUUACCUACAGCAUACUUCGCCCUGCAGGCAUUCCAAAUAGUUAUGUUAUAUGUAAACUGUGUUUGUGUAUUAAAAGCAUGUUUUAAGAGAAUCAAUGACGAUCUGGUGCACAUGCAAAGAUUUGUAGUAGACGAUAUGAAACUAUGUGUCUCCAAUGUGAUACGGUACACGCAGAGAAAUCAACUUUUACUGAUAGAACUCAGAAUUUUGAAGAAGCAGCAUCUUAUGAUUAGCGAUGCAGUGCAAAUGCUGAAUAUGAUCUUCAGUCUACAACUUAUUGUUGCUAUAGUUAUAUCCUUUUUAAUUAUCACCUUUGAGUUGUAUUUCUACGCAGUACGUUGGCAAAAUGGAGUACUUUUCGGACUGGAUUGGCACUUUCUUGAUGUACUUCUACUAUCCCUGGCAUAUAACAGUUUUCAAAUAAUACUAAUUGUGUGGGCCUGCGAGACGAAUAAGAAUCAAGCUCAAAAUAUCGGUACUAUCGUUCACGAUUUACUUAAUAGUACCAAUGAUGAGAAAAUCAAAUACGAGUUGCAACUGUUUUCUUUACAAUUAUUACAUCGUAAAAAUACAUUUUCGAUGAAGGGUUUGACUAUAGAUGCGACGCUUCUUGUAGCAAUAGUGGGGAAUAUUACCACGUACUUACUAAUCUUGAUACAAUUUAGAAACAUGUCGCAUUCUUGCAACAGUGAAGCAGCAAUUAGUGUUACACAAUCUAAUUAG